GCUCGAGUCCGCUCGCUCCGCCUGUUUGGAGAGAGGGCACCGGGCAGCGGCGAGCGUGCGGCCGCGGCGAGGCAGCGCUGACAAGGGCAGGCAGGCGCCCGGAGGCGACGGAGCGGCGGCAGCCCGGCCCCGAGUCCCCGUUGAAGCGGGGAGGGCGGGAGGGACGGGACGGUGAAGGGAGGAGGGGUCCAGGUCCUGCUCGCAGCCCUGCACGGUCGCAGCGCGCAGCCUGGCCCAUUCUGCCGGGGCGCAGUACCCUCCCCCGCCAGGACCCGAGGCGCAGUCGCUUGGGGCCGCCGCCACCCCGCGGGCGAGGCUCCCGGGCAUCGGCUCUCCCGACCCGCCGCGGUCCGUUCCAACCGCCGCCCGCCCCCAGGGCGCCGUCCCGCCGGAGACCAUGUUCGACAAGACGCGGCUGCCGUACGUGGCCCUCGAUGUGCUGUGCGUCUUGCUGGAUGAUUGCCGGAGAAAGUCUGUCUGUUCACUUUAACAGCUUGCAAUCAAAUUCCUUUGUCGGCAAUCACUAUAUAGCCAGUAUCUACAAAGCCAUCGGAGCCUUUUUGUUUGGCGCGGCAGCCAGCCAGUCCCUGACCGACAUAGCCAAGUAUUCUAUAGGCAGACUGCGUCCUCACUUCUUGGCUGUCUGUGACCUUGACUGGUCCAAAAUCAACUGCAGUGAUGGCUAUAUCGAGAACUACAUCUGCCGCGGGAACGCAGACAAAGUCAGGGAAGGCAGGUUGUCCUUCUACUCAGGCCACUCUUCAUUUUCCAUGUACUGCAUGCUCUUUACAGCGCUUUAUCUUCAAGCCAGGAUGAGGGGAGACUGGGCGAGACUCUUACGCCCCACCCUGCAGUUUGGUCUUGUUGCUUUAUCCAUAUAUGUGGGCCUUUCUCGAAUUUCUGACUACAAACACCACUGGAGUGACGUGAUGGUUGGCCUCAUCCAAGGAGCUGUGGUCGCAGUAUUAGUUGCUGUGUAUGUAUCAGAUUUCUUCAAGGAGAGACAUUCUUAUGCAGAAAGGAAAGAGGACGACUCACAUACGACUCUCCAUGAAACCACCACCUCAAAUGCGUACUCAAGCAAUCACCAGCCUUGAAGGGUAUGGAGGAACUAACUGGUCAGCUUUCUGAAGGAAACCGCUAGAAGAAGGCGGGAGGAUGCAUAUUACUUUCCGGUGUAUAGGCCAUUGAAGGACUGCUGCUAUACCUCUUGGAUUACCUACUUUACCUGUGUAUAUAACACAAUGAGUAUCUAAUAGCCCAAUUUAAAAAAAAAAUAUUCAAGCCUUCCCCUAAAAACACUGCCCCACUUGUACAUUUUUUAAUUGAAAGAUGCUAUGUACAAAUGUGUAUGUUACAUGCCUUCUUAGAAUGAUAUCUGAUUUAAAUAUAAUAAAAUGCUUCAAACAA